AUGGAUGAAUCAAAAGUACAGUCUAGUAUAAUUCAAGAAUUAGAUACGAAAAGAAAUGAUAAUGAAAUAUCGAAACUUUCUUCACAACAUAAUGAAAAGGCUGAAAUUCGAUUAAAUGUUUCAGAAUCUUUAAAUUCACAAAAUAAUAUUCCUGAAAAUACGCAAAAUACGAAUAGUGAUGAAGUGAGAUCAAUGAGAAAUUUUUAUGUGAUCUCGAGUGGAUACUUACUUUUCACACUUACGGAUUCAGGACUUCGAAUGAUCGUCCUGUUUGAGCUAUAUAAUGAACAUUAUGGUGCAUUACAAACAGCUAUCAUGCUUACAUCAUAUGAAUUCCUAGGCGUCGUUACCAACUUGGUCGGUGGUAUUUUAGGUUCGCGUCUAGGACUUCGUACCUGUUUUAUUUCAGGUCUUGUUACUCAAGUUAUCGGCAUAGGAAUGUUAUGUGGUCUGCCUUGGAUCACUCAAGGCAUUACAUUUUAUAUAUAUGUCAUUAUUGCACAAGGAUUCAGUGGGAUGGCAAAAGAUUUAGUCAAAUUAGGUGGUAAAUCUAUAACAAAACUAGUGACUAAGAGCAAUGAUGAUCAUCAAUCUCAAUUAUUCAAGCUGGUUGCUUGGCUUACGGGCGCAAAAAAUUCUGUAAAAGGUGCUGGAUUCUUUUUGGGUGCUUUUUUGUUUUAUUUUGUCGGGUUUAUUCCUUCUUUAGCAAUCUUGUUGGUUAUGAACCUGGUGGUUAUCCCUUUUGCUUUUGCUUAUGUUGAGAGUGAUUUAGCCGUUAGUAAAUCGAAAGAAAAAUUAACUUUUGGAAAGAUUUUUAAUAAGGGAAGAGAUGUGAAUAUUCUGUCAAUUGCUAGAAUGUUUUUGUUCAGCUCACGUGAUCUAUGGUUUGAAGUACCAUUACCUUUUUAUUUAAGAGGACCAAUUGGAUGGCAAUAUCUUCCUGUUGGUGCGUUUAUUGCAGGUUGGGUAAUAUUUUAUGGAGUAAUACAAUCUAGUACACCUUUAUUAAUUCUUAAGCCACUUAAGAUAUAUCCUGUAAAACAUGCAUAUUGUCACAAAGAUAAGGUUGCUAUGAAUGUAGGAUUUUAUUAUAUGGCAAAUGCUAUGGGAAGAUUAGCUGGUUUGUUAAUUGGUGGAUUAUUAUAUACUUAUUUUGAAUUUGAUGCUUGUUUAUGGGCUUCUGUUAUAGCAUUGGCUUUUUGUACUGGUGUUUCAUUUUUAUUAGGACCUGUUCCUGAAAAUUAA